GACUUCCGAAAUUGUGGGUGCUCCCGACAAUCAGGUUGCACAAUGUUGGCGCCCGCCACCGGACCGUGCCGGGUUUGACUUUUGAUUCCGCGAUUUCGCAAGCGCAUCCCGACCCGGCAGUCCAUCAUCUCUAUCCCACCCACUCGGACGUGUGCAAUUGGCUUUUGCUGGAACGGCAUGUCCCCGAGCGAAACACUGCGCAUUUCCGUCACGAUUUGGUCGUAAUCUCCCAUUGCUCCUCGGCUUCUCAGCGCUGGUCCUGCCCCUGAACGAGACUUGACGGCGCGACAACCUCUCGCAUAUCGGUGCCGGCAGGAUGGGGUGGUUCACGACCUUGUUGGGCUAUCUAACCCCAGCAUUCCUGAUAUUGUCCCCGCUGCUCUCAUACAGCGACCAAGCCUACUCCAUGUACCGCACCAGAUCCAGCGCCGGCUUCUCCCUCGACAUCCCCCUUAUUAUGCUUGUCGCCUCGCUGCUCAGGAUAUUCUAUUUCCCCGGCGCGCGAUAUGACAACGCCCUCCUGAUACAAUCAUUCGUUAUGGUCUUUAUGCAGGUCAUUAUACUUAAGAUCGCGCUGGACCACCGUCCCGCACCAUACUCGAAGGGCGGGGAAGCCGCCACCCCGUUCGCGCGUGUACACGAGACACAACGGCCGUUUAAUUUCUGGCAGUGGAGGGCUCCAAAACCAUAUUGGCAGUUUUUGCUCUCUCUUUUCGUUGGUCUGGUGGUUUGCGAGCUCCUGCUGGCCCCAAUCCCCGUGGUAUACCAGUCGUAUUCCUCGCUGAUCGGCAUCAUCGGCCUCUCAGUCGAGGCGACGCUUCCGUUGCCGCAAAUCCUCGCAAACGCCCGAUCGCAGUCAUGCAAGGGAUUCCGCGUCUCGGUCCUGGCCAGCUGGCUGGUUGGUGACGCCAUGAAAAUGUUUUGGUUCUUUACCUCGACGACAUCGAUCCCGCUGGCGUUCAAGGUCUGCGGCAUGUUUCAGGCUGCAUGUGAUCUUUUCUUGGGUUUCCAGUAUAUGAUGUACGGCGACGGAGAGGCCGUGUCCAAGAGCCCUCAGCUUGCUUCCACUUGGUCUCACGAGCUCAAAACAAACGGGUUCAGCACUUCAAGUGGACGCGACACUCCGCCAGGCCGGAGGACAUCGUCAAGCGAAAAAGCAAUAUUGUAA